CCUGGCUGCUCGCCCAGCGCAGCAUCUGCGCCGACUGAAGACCACGAUGGCAGAGGAGGGCUCCGGCUGCCCGGUGCCCCGCUUGCCCUGGGCGUCCGUCCUGCGGGUGGCUCUGCCGCUCCUUCUGGCGGGCGCGGUCAUCUACUGCUUCCUCUGCACCCAGCGCCUCGCGCAGCAGCGGCAGCUCGAGUCACCUGGGUGGGACAUGGCUGAGCUCCAGCUGAAUCACACAGGACAGCGGCAGGACUGCAGGCUGCGCUGGCAAGGAGGCCCAGCACUGGGCCGCUCCUUCGUGCAUGGACCGGAGCUGGACAACGGGCAGCUGCAUGUCCAGCGCAGUGGCAUCUAUAGGCUGCACAUCCAAGUGACACUGGCCAACUGUUCCUCCUCCCUAUGGGCCACCACGCCCCACAGGGCCACCCUGACGGUGGGCAUCUGCUCCCCAGCAGCUCGCAGCAUCAGCCUGCUACGCCUCAACUUUCACGGAGGUUGUGUGGUCACCUCCCAGCGCCUGACACCCUUGGGUCGAGGAGACACUCUCUGCACCAACCUCACCCUGCCUCUGCUGCCAUCCCCAAAUGCUGAUGAGACCUUUUUUGGGGUUCAGUGGGUCCACCCCUAA